AUGGGUUGGGUUAGAGGAGAAACUCUCGGAAAGGGUGGUUUCGGGUUCGUCUCCAUGGCCAAAACCAACCAAGAUCAUAAUCUGCCGCCCUUGAUUGCCGUGAAAUCCUCCAAAGUUUCCGAGUCGGAAUCACUGAAGAAGGAGAAGGAGCUGCUCGACAAGUUCCAGUCAUGCCCGUCUAUCCUCCGCUGCUUCGGAGACGAAAUCACGACCGAAAACGGGGAGAAACUCUACAACAUAUUGCUCGAGUAUGCCUCCGCUGGAUGUCUUGCCGAUCACAUCGUCAAAGGCCUUCCCGAAAUCACGGUCAGUCGCUGCACGAAAUCCUUACUCUCGGCGCUCCUUCACAUCCACAAGGCGGGCUACGUUCACUGUGACGUGAAGCCCCACAACGUGCUGCUCGUCGGCCAAGACGCGAAGCUCGCGGAUUUCGGGAGCUGCUGCAAGACUAGCUUCCACGAAAAUAGUAGUUGUGAUGAUUUCAGGGGAACGGUUAUGUAUGCGGCCCCAGAGUCGAUAGCCCAGCAGAAUGUAGAUAAUGUGGAUUUUGGAAACCUUGAAGAAAGAAACCAAAGAAAAAAAAUUCCCUUCAAAUCAAAUAUAAAACAAGAAGAAAAAAAAAACCUAGAAGCUCGUGCCCGAUCCUCGACCUCAUGUCAUUGUUCAGCCUGGCCCUCGUCCUCCUCUCGGCCGCCUCCGUGGGCCCCACCCUCCUCUUCCGCCUGCCGCCCUCUUUCCUCGGCUGGGCCUUCCUCGCCGUCUCGGCACUCUCCCUAUCGUCAGCCUCUGGCCCCGUCUCGCCCGUUCGUGCUUCCGGGCCUAUGUCUCCCUCGUCAUCGCCUCUUCAGCGUCCCAGCUGCUCGGGAUCGUGGCCUCUUCGCUCUGAAAAAGUCGAGCCUCUCUAUGCUCAAGUCCCCCCGGGACCCGCGGGAGGCCAAGGCCCCGGCGAGGCUGGAGUGUGGGGUGCUGAUGGCGAUGUUCGCGGUGCAGCUUGGGGUUAUGAUCCUCUGCUGCGCUGUGCGCUGCAGCAUGGCUAGGGAGUACCAUGGAUUGGAUGCGGCCGAGACGAAGGAGAUAAAUAAGGAGGUGAAGAAAAGGGAGUUUGAUGAGAAGAUGAUGAGGAGCAAGGCUAUAUGGGCAGUGGAUGAAGAAGCAUAA